GGCUCAACCGUCAACCAUGGGCCCAAACGACUCGAUGCUUUGCUUGCUUGGAAUCUCUCUGCCCACCCCUCCCAAGUCCUACCGGCGAGGUCGCCGUCGCCUCCUCCUCCGCCUCCUCCACUAGCGCGGUCGUGGCUGACUGCAGCCCCCGUGCUCUCCUCCGUGCUCGCCAACCACCGGAUCCCCACCCCAGGCAAGAGGGAUGGCCGCCGAGACCGUCGACGGCAGCGCGCUCGCGGGGCGCGCGCUGGCCGCAGCCGGCGCCCGGCACAUGUUCGGCGUCGUGGGCAUCCCCGUCACCUCCCUCGCCUCCCGCGCCGCCGCCGCGGGGGUCCGCUUCCUCGCCUUCCGCAACGAGCAGUCCGCGGGCUACGCCGCCGCCGCCUACGGCUUCCUCACCGGCUCCCCGGGACUCCUCCUCACAGUCUCCGGCCCCGGGUGCGUCCACGGCCUCGCGGGCCUCUCCCACGCCACCGCCAACGCCUGGCCUCUCCUCAUGGUCUCCGGCUCCUGCGACCAGGCCGACGCCGGCAGGGGCGACUUCCAGGAGCUCGACCAGAUCGCCGCCACCAAGCCCUUCGCCAAGCUCGCCGUCAAGGCCACCACCAUCGCCGACAUCCCGCGCCUCGUCUUCCAGGCCCUCGCCGCAGCCGUCUCCGGCCGCCCUGGCGGUUGCUACCUUGACAUCCCCUCCGACGUCCUCCACCAAACCCUCCCUGAAUCCGAGGCCGCGGAUCUCAUAGCAGCAGCAGCAGCAGCCGAUUCAGCCGCUUCCAAUCCAUCCCCGCCCAAGCAGAAGCCCCUGGAUGAGGGCAUCGAGAAAGCUGCGGACCUGCUCCGGCGUGCGGAGCGGCCUCUUGUCGUGAUUGGGAAGGGUGCAGCGUACGCGCGCGCGGAGGAGGCCAUCAGGAAGCUGGUGGACACCACGGGCAUCCCCUUCCUCCCGACGCCUAUGGGGAAGGGGGUCGUGCCUGACUCGCAUCCACUCUCCGCCACAGCGGCACGCUCACUCGCCAUCGGGCAGUGCGAUGUAGCUCUGGUCGUCGGCGCCAGGCUUAAUUGGUUGCUUCACUUUGGUGAGCCGCCCAAGUGGUCCAAGGAUGUCAAGUUCAUACUUGUGGACGUCUGCGAGGAGGAGAUUGAACUCCGGAAGCCACAUGUGGGGAUUGUUGGGGAUGCCAAGAGGGUAAUUGAGCUGAUCAAUAGGGAGAUCAAGGAUGAUCCAUUCUGCUUGGCAAGGUCGCACCCAUGGGUUGAAGCGAUCACCAAGAAGGCCAAGGACAAUGUUGUUAGGAUGGAGGCGCAGCUAGCAAAGGAUGUUUUGCCGUUCAAUUUCAUGACACCGUUGCGGAUAAUCCGGGAUGCGAUCCUUGCUGUGGGGAGCCCUGCUCCGAUAGUGGUCUCAGAAGGGGCAAACACCAUGGAUGUUGGCAGGGCUGUGCUUGUGCAGAAUGAACCAAGGACAAGACUGGACGCAGGGACAUGGGGGACGAUGGGGGUUGGAUUGGGGUACUGUGUUGCUGCUGCAGUAGCCGAACCCGAACGACUUGUGGUUGCUGUGGAGGGUGACUCUGGAUUUGGAUUCAGUGCAAUGGAGGUUGAGACAUUGGUGAGGUACCAGCUGCCCGUUGUAGUAAUUGUUUUCAACAACAACGGUGUCUAUGGUGGUGACCGGAGAGGCCCUGAUGAGAUAACUGGACCUUUCAAAGAUGACCCUGCCCCAACUUCUUUUGUCCCAGCAGCAGGCUACCAUAAAAUGAUGGAAGCGUUUGGAGGGAAAGGUUAUCUUGUGGAGACACCGGACGAGCUCAAAUCUGCCCUUUUGGAAUCGUUCCAUGCGAGGAAACCAGCAGUCAUCAAUUGUAUCAUUGAUCCUUACGCGGGUGCAGAGAGCGGCCGGAUGCAGCACAAGAACUGAGGGUGUUUGUACCAUACGAUAGCAAGAUGCAGAUGCGACUUAAUAAGCAAUGUCCUCCGGCGUCCAGCCCUUUGUUUUUGAGGAUCGGUUCUCUGUUCUGCGUACAGGUGUGAGAUGCUCUGUAAACUUAGCUGGGCGGUUGAAACUGAAGCGGGUAUUCGCAUAAUUGAGCUUCACUGCCCCGGUAAAUAUGGAUGCUCUUAUGGAUAGUGUUCCAUCUUUGAUGGCAUGUAAAUGUGUUGUGAUUGUCCUCAUGCCACGAUGCAAACUUGAAACCAGUAUCCACUAAAAAAAAAGUUUGUAAACUGCUGUGUUUUUUUCUUCUUAAAAUGAAUGAGUAGUAAGCUGCAAAAGGUUCGACAUUUCUGCCAUGCCUUAAAUUGGCAUUUCAAGAUAUACCACUGUACUGUAUGUAUACUUAAUGACACAAUACUUCUUGAUGAAAGGAAAUAAAGGGCUCCGGAUAUCUUGAUA